AUGACGACCUCCAUCUUCGACAACCCCUCCCACCUCCCCGGCGCCCGCGCCACCGAGUCCGCCCACCGCAAAAUCGAGCUCCAAUCCCCCGCCGACCUGACCUACCUCAUCGCGAACCUGACGCGCGCCGCGCGCGAGAAAAUCGACCGCCAUUUACCCCCCGACGCGCUGCCGGAGGGCGAAGACGCGAUGAGGAGGCGGGUCGAGGUGUUGGUGGAUGAGUAUAUUCGGAAUACUUUCGGGCUGGCCAAGGGGAGUAUUGAGGUUAAUGGGAUGGGGGCGGAGGAGAUGGAGGUGGGUGGGGAGGGGGAGGAGAUUGAAGCGUUCGAUACGAAGCUCGCGCAGAGGAUACAGGCGCUGAAUGCGCAGAUUGAGAAUCAUACGCUUCAGCUGGCGAAUUUGAGGAGGACGGCGCCGAAGGAGACGGCGGAGAAGUUUGAGGAGAGUUUUAAGAAGGCGUCGGAGCGGGAUGAUGAGCGGCUGGUGAAGGGCAGUGAAGCGUUGGUGGACGAGGCGAAGCAGGCAAAGGUGGAUGUGGGAGAGGUUGAGAGGUUGGAAGAGAUCCAGGCGACGUGGCAGAAUGGGACGGAGAGCUUGACGGCGCUGAAGUCGGGGCUGGGAGGGACGGUCGCGAAGAUGGAGCGGGCACAGCAGGCUGUGGACUUUCUGGAAGAGCGGUGA